CCCACCUUCCGCCGCCGCGCCGGAAGUGAGUGGGGCGGGACGCUCGUUCGCUCACCGGCCGUUGCCCGGUGUGUCGUCACGGCGCGGCGUGGGGUGAGCGCCCGAGGUCGGGGCGGCGGCGGAGUGCGAAGUAGUGCGGCGCCGGCCAUGGAACCGCUGUCACCAGUACCCCCGCCACCGCAGAAGGAGAUCGUUUACAACAAGCUUUUGCCCUACGGGGAGCGCCUGGAGGCCGAGGCCGCCCGCUUUCUCGCGCAGAUCAAAGAGAACCUGGCCCGAGCCGUGCAGCUCCAGGAGCUAUGGCCUGGGGGACUCUUCUGGACCAGGAAGCUCUCGACGUACAUCCGGUUAUAUGGGAGGAAGUUUAGCCGACAAGAUCAUGUGCUCUUCAUCAAGUUGUUAUAUGAGUUGGUAACAAUUCCAAAGCUGGAGAUCAGUAUGAUGCAAGGGUUUGCACGCCUGUUGAUAAACCUGUUGAAGAAAAAAGAGCUGCUUUCCAGGGAUGAUCUGGAGUUACCAUGGAGACCGCUUUAUGAAAUGCUGGAAAGGAUAUUAUACUCCAAAACAGAACAUCUUGGAUUAAAUUGGUUUCCGAACUCUGUAGAAGGUGUUUUGAAAACACUGGUGAAGAGCUGCAGACCUUAUUUUCCAGAAGAUGCCACUGCAGAGAUGCUAAAUGAGUGGAGACCUUUAAUGUGUCCAUUUGAUGUGACCAUGCAAAAGGCUAUUACCUACUUUGAACUGUUUCUACCUACUACCCUUCCUCCUGAGCUUCACCAGAAAGGGUUCAAGCUUUGGUUUGAUGAAUUUAUAGGCCUUUGGGUAUCAGUUCAGAAUCUUCCCCAGUGGGAAGGGCAUCUAGUAAAUCUUCUGGCUCGCUUGGCCACUGACAACAUCGGGUACAUAGACUGGGAUCCGUAUGUCCCAAAGAUUUUUACCCGACUUUUGAGGAGUUUAAAUCUUCCGGUGGGAAGCAAUCAGGUUGUAGUUCCAAGGUUCUUAACAACUGCUUAUGAAGUAGGACAUGUGGUAAUGUGGAUCACAGCCAUGAUGGGUGGACCAAGCAAAUUAGUGCAGAAGCAUUUGUCUGGAUUGUUCAAUAGCAUUGCCUCUUUUUACCAUCCUUCAAAUAACGGGCGCUGGUUGGCCAAACUGAUGAAACUACUUCAAAGGUUGCCCAGCAGUGUUGUCAGAAGGCUGCAUAGAGAGCGCUACAAGAAAGUUACAUGGUUAACUCCUGUGCCUGAUAGUCAUAAACUUACUGAUCAGGAUGUUACUGACUUUGUGGAAUGCAUUAUUCAACCUGUUCUUCUGGCUAUGUUUAGUAAAAUUGGAAGCCUAGAGGCUGCUCAAGCUCUGCAGAACCUUGCACUAAUGCGUCCUGAAUUAGUAAUUCCACCUGUACUUGAGAAAACAUAUCCUGCACUUGAGACAUUGACAGAACCUCACCAGCUCACAGCUACUUUAAGCUGUGUAAUUGGAGUAGCUCGGAGUCUGGUGUCCGGGGGAAAGUGGUUUCCUGAAGGUCCAACACACAUGCUACCUCUCCUGAUGAGAGCAUUACCUGGGGUGGAUCCAAAUGACUUCAGCAAGUGUAUGAUUACAUUCCAGUUCAUUGCAACAUUUUCUACUUUGGUGCCUUUAGUAGAUUGUUCAUCUAUAUUGCAAGAAAGAGACGAUCUUUCAGAGGUGGAAAGAGAAUUGUGCUCUGCAACUGCUGAAUUUGAGGAUUUUGUACUACAGUUUAUGGAUAGAUGCUUUGGACUUAUAGAAAGCAGCACACUAGAACAAACCAGGGAGGAGACUGAAACAGAGAAAAUGACUCAUCUAGAGAGUUUAGUGGAAUUGGGUCUCUCUUCUACUUUCAGUACAAUCCUUACACAGUGCUCAAAGGAUAUCUUUAAGGUUGCCUUGGAGAAGGUUUUUAACUUCGCUAUUUCAAAUAUAUUUGAGACAAGAGUUGCUGGUCGAAUGGUUGCCGAUAUGUGCCGAGCUGCAGUAAAAUGCCGCCCUGAGGAAUCCUUGAAGCUGUUUGUACCACACUGCUGCAAUGUUAUAACUCACCUCACAGUCAAUGAUGAUGUAUUACAUGAUGAAGAACUAGAUAAGGAACUACUUUGGAACCUUCAGCUUUUGUCAGAGAUCACUCGAGUGGAUGGAAAGAAGUUGCUACCGUACAGGGAGCAGCUUGGGAAGAUACUACAGCGAACCCUACACUUAACCUGUAAGCAGGGUUACAUUCUGUCUUGUAACCUACUGCACCAUCUUCUUCGUUCUGCUACACUUAUCUACCCCACAGAGUACUGCAGUGUGCCAGGUGGCUUUGACAAGCCUCUUUCUGAAUACUUUCCUAUCAAGGACUGGGGUAAACCAGGUGACUUGUGGAAUUUGGACAUUCAAUGGCAUGUUCCUUCUUCUGAGGAAAUAAACUUUGCCUUUUGUUUGCUGGAUACUUUCCUUCAGCCUGAGCUCGACAAACUAGAGCAGUAUGCAAAUGGAAAGCUAGAAAUGUCCAGAGAUGAUGUGCAGCAGUGUCUUGCAAUAGUACAUAACUGCUUGAUUGGUUCUGGGAAUGUUCUGCCUCCUCUAAAAGGAGAAAGGGUGACUCAUCUGGUCCCCACUCUGGUGUCUUUGGAAGAAACAAAACUGUACACUGGUGUUGAAUAUGAUUUAUCAAGAGAGAAUUAUCGAGAAACAAUUGCAAGAGUGACAAGGAAAUUGCUGCGCUACAUUCUCGAUCACUCAGAAGAUGAUACCAAGUCAUUAUUUCUAAUCAUAAAGAUUAUUAGUGAUGUUUUACAGUUCCAAGGGUCUCACAAGCAUGAGUUUGAUUCACGAUGGAAAAGCUUUAAUCUAGUGAAAAAAUCAAUGGAGAACAGGCUUCAAGGAAAGAAACAGCAUAUCAGAGCUUUGCUGAUAGACAGAGUUAUGUUGCAGCAUGAGCUGAGAACGCUAACGAUGGAAGGCUGCGAAUACAAAACCUCCCACCAGGAGAUGAUCAGAGAUCUUUUGUGUUUGUCCACAAGUUCAUAUGGUCAGGUCAGAAGUAAAGCUCAGCAAGCAUUCUUCACAGCUCUGGGAACAUACAAUUUUUGUUGCAGAGAUAUUAUUCCCUUGGUUUUGGAGUUCUUGCGUCCAGAUCGGCAAGAUGUGACUCAAAAGCAAUUUAAAGGUGCCUUAUAUUGUCUUCUGGGAAAUCACAGUGGAGUAUGCUUGGCAAAUCUUCAUGACUGGGACUGUAUUGCACAGACAUGGCCAGCAAUUGUUUCUUCUGGGCUUAGCAAAGCUAUGUCCUUGGAAAAACCAUCCAUAGUUAGACUCUUCGAUGACCUAGCAGAAAAAAUCCAUAGGCAGUAUGAAACAAUUGGGUUGGAUUUUGCGGUUCCAGAGAGAUGUGUUGAGAUAGCUAUUAUGCUGCAAAAAUCAGAACAUCCAAAUUCAGAUUUCACAGGUCUUAGUUCAGAAGAAAUUAAUUUAGGAAUUCAGCGACAGAAAGAAAAGAAUGCGGAGGCUCUGCGAAAUUAUGAAAAUCUGGUCAACAUGCUGCUAGACUGUGUGGAACAAAGAAAUCUUCCCUGGAAGUUCGAGCACAUAAGCAUUGGUUUUCUGUCUCUGCUCUUGAGAGAUGAUAAGAUACUGCCUGUCCGUGCAAUAAAGUUUUUUGUGCAAUGUCUCAACCAUGAUGCAAUUGUAGUUCGUAAGGUGGCCAUCUCAGCUGUGGCUGGUAUUCUUAAGCAGCUUAAGAGAACACACAAGAAAGUGCCCAUCUGCCCUUAUGAAACAAGUGGAAACCCCAAGCCUUCCAACAUUCAGGCUGGUGACAGACCAGAUAACCAGUGGCUGCACUACGACAGCCAGAAUUUACCAAAGACAAAAGAAGCCUGGGAAUCAUGUUGUUUUGUGGAGAAGACACACUGGGGGUAUUACACCUGGCCUCAAACUAUGAUGGUUUAUGCUCCAGCUGAGCAGCAACCGAAGCUUGGGCGAAGGAGAGAUGAGCUGACAGAGGCAGAACAAAUUAUAUAUGAUCACUUUUCUGAUUCCAAGUUUGUUGAUCAGUUAAUAAAAUUUUUGUCUUUAGAAGACAGAAAAGGAAAAGACAAAUUCAAUCCUCGCAGAUUUUGCCUCUUCAAGGGCCUUUUCAGAAAUUUUGAUGAUGCCUUCUUGCCAGUUCUUCAGCCCCAUUUAGAGCAACUUGUGGCGGACUCCCAUGAAAGCACCCAGAGAUGCGUAGCUGAAAUUAUAGCUGGCUUAAUAAGAGGUUCUAAACACUGGACUUUUGAGAAGGUGGACAAACUUUGGAAGCUUCUCUGUCCAUUGCUUCGAAUAGCUUUAUCCAAUAUUACAGUGGAAACCUAUAAUGAUUGGGGCACAUGCAUAGCAACCUCCUGUGAGAGCAGAGAUCCUAGGAAACUGCACUGGUUGUUUGAACUGCUGUUAGAAUCUCCAUUGAGUGGUGAAGGAGGAUCAUUUGUAGAUGCAUGCCGACUCUAUGUACUGCAAGGUGGCCUUGCACAACAGGAAUGGAGAGUACCAGAGCUGCUGCACAGACUGCUGAAGUACUUGGAACCUAAACUCACACAGGUUUACAAAAAUGUCCGAGAGAGAAUAGGAAGUGUUUUGACCUACAUAUUCAUGAUAGAUGUUUCCUUGCCAAAUACUGCUGUAACUAAAUCCCCUCGUGUCCAUGAAUUUACUGGUCGGAUACUUGAAAAUCUUAAACCCCUUAUGGAGGCAGAUGAAGAAAUUCAGAAUCAUGUUAUGGAAGAGAAUGGAAUUGGUGAACAAGAUGAGCGAACUCAGGGCAUUAAACUCUUGAAAACGAUUCUGAAGUGGUUGAUGGCAAGUGCAGGACGAUCCUUUUCUACAGCUGUCACAGAGCAACUCCAGCUUUUACCAUUAUUUUUCAAGAUUGCACCGGUAGAAAAUGACAAUAGCUACGAUGAGCUCAAAAGAGAUGCUAAGAUGUGCUUAUCAUUAAUGUCUCAGGGUUUGUUGUAUCCUCAGCAAGUGCCUUUGGUACUUCAGGUGCUAAAACAAACAGCAAGAAGCAAUUCUUGGCAUGCUAGGUAUACCAUAUUAACCUACCUCCAGACCAUGGUGUUCUACAAUCUCUUCAUCUUCCUCAACAAUGAAGAAGCAGUCAAUGACAUUAGGUGGUUGGUUAUUAAACUCUUGGAAGAUGAACAGCUCGAGGUGAGAGAAAUGGCUGCUACCACACUGAGUGGUCUGCUCCAGUGCAGUUUUCUCACAAUGGAUGGGCCCAUGCAGACCCAUUUUGAACAACUGUGCAAGAUGAGGUUACCAAAAAAGCGGAAGCGAGAUCUGGCUUCAGUGGUGGAUACAAUUCCUUCGGGGGACCUGGUUAAACGCCAUGCUGGUGUACUGGGACUUAGUGCCUGUAUUUUGUCAAGUCCGUAUGAUGUACCCACCUGGAUGCCACAGCUCCUGAUGGAUCUCAGUGCUCAUCUUAAUGAUCCUCAGCCUAUUGAGAUGACUGUGAAAAAAACUCUGUCAAAUUUCCGGAGGACCCAUCAUGACAACUGGCAGGAGCAUAAACAACAGUUCACGGAUGACCAGCUACUAGUGCUUACUGACCUCUUGGUUUCACCAUGCUAUUAUGCAUAGAGAGUUGGCUGCCCUUUUAAAAACCUGGCAGUUUCACUGAAGGCAAGGUUUCUCUUGGAAAAAUUGGAAUGUAGGAAUCUUUCUGCAAAAUAAAGGAAACUCAAAAGAAAUGUAUCAUGUAGAAAACUUUGUGUUGGAGAUCCUCACGCCUAAUCAAGCCCACAUUCAAAUGCAAAUGUAAAGACCUGGUUCUAUUCAUGAGAAUUUCACCUCCCCAGGGAGCAGCUGUGGGAGCCCCACAGUCUCCUUCUAAGUGUGCUUUGCAGAGCCUGACCAGGAAUUUAUUACAAGACCCUUCUCAUUGGCCUGCAUUACACAUCAAUCUUGUUUCUGCUUUCUUGCACAUAGUGACUUACACUUCACAUUUUUUAUCCUCUCUUCCUGACCACUCUUCCCAGCUGUUUCCAACAUCGAUGAUAUGCAGAACCAGAGAGUGCUGCAAACCAGAACAUUUUCAGUGAAGCUGCCCAAUUCUGUUGAUGCAACUUCUUAUCUAGUCAGCAUCCAAUACAAGGAACCUCUCUUUCUCAGAGUUUAUUCUUCACUACUUGUAUUCGAGUGCCCACCAGGUGACAGGCUCUAUAUCAUCCAAUCCACCUCAGGGCAGGAUUGCCUUUUUGUAUCUUCCUUGUCAAAAUGUAAAUAGCUGAUCUCCUCUGAGCAGUAUAGAUGAUAGCAGGACAAAAUGUGGGGAGUGAAAGCUCUUACUGCCUGCCCAGGUCUUCACAGAUAGCUUAACCACGUGUGGAAUAAAAAUCUAUGAUUACCUGCACAUUUUUAAGGGUGAAAGAUUAUGGGUGUUUUCACAUUAUAGAAGUCCACAGAGAUGAAACAAUGAGUUAUCAAGUGAUGAUCGAGUUCGUGGAAUGAAAUAUAUGCCCUGUGUGAAAAGGUGCUGAGUGGGUGACUUGUCUGAACAGCAUGUUCCCAUAGAGUGUCCCUGUGUGAGCAAGCAUUUCUUGGUCAAAGAUGGCAGAAGCUCUGUCUUUUUUUGCCUGCAGCUUUGUUCAGAGACUGGUAUCUGUUGGUUAUUUAACACCAUGUUUAUUACGUGUUACAUAGUUGUAAAAGACUGUAUAAAUUGUAGAGGCAUUGCAUUGACAAAGCAUUGUACAGUUUGCAACCUUUUACAUAACACCAUUGUGAGAUUAAUUUGUAAAGAUUCAUACUUAGCUGUUAAUACAGUAGUAGUCCUGGCUUUUGUAUGAAAUCAAAUGCCAUUAUUAGUUUUUUUAAAUUAUUUUCUUUAACAGAAUGUCUGACAGGCAGAGAUUUUGCUUUAGUUUUCUUGUAUCUCAUUAUUACUAUGUCUUGUUCAGAUUUUAAUGCAACAAUUGUGGCCACCUCUAAAUGCUGACAUCACAUGUUUGGUUUGAUAAGUUCCUAGAAUGUGAGGUACACUGAAAUAAUUCAGCUGGUGUGUUUCAACUUCCAUGCAGCCCUUCCGGAGCACUGAUAUGUUUCAAGUGAUCUACCUGCUGAGUGUGAGACUCAUUCCAACCUUCAAAGCACAGCAGUGUUCCUGGUGCAGUAUUUAAUGAGUUGUCAGCACACCAAUAUAACCACUCUGUAGUGUAGUGCCAAAAUUAUUAUUUCAAUUGUGUAUGUAGUUUAAGACCAAUAAAUGGACUGUUUGUAA